UCUGCAGCAGCGGGUCCUGAAAAUCGAAUACAUAUCAUAUCGGUUGCCUCAUAUCGUAUUCUGUGGCUACAAUUUUGCAGCCAUGGUUAUCUAGUAGAGUAUAAGUAGGUUUUUGCAACGCUGUGAAACGCGGGAAGAAAAGAUUCAAGCGCUGCAUUUGAUAAAUAGUUUUUAUUAGGAAAGCGAUGAAGUAGUUCAUCAAGUAAGAUCAAUAUCCCAACCCAAUACAUAUCAAAAAGUGGCUUCGUCUGUGGGGGAAAGUUCUCGAUUAGUGUAGGAAAAAUCCAAAGUGCAUCUGCUCUAGUGUCCUGAUAAAAAAGGAAGGGGAAAGAAAAUAGAGCAAGCAGCAAAAAAGUCAUGCCAUAUCAAAUGGAAAAGUGUCAGUAAAAGUUUAGCCUCUGUGAGAAAAGCGACACAGAAAAGUCAAGUGAGAUCUAGGUUUCGGCAAGUGGAAAAGUUCGCUCGUCCCAGUUGGGUUUGAUGUGCUCGUGUGAAUGUGAAUUCAGAUUCGGUCGCGUAGUGGAUGUGAACGACGUACUACUAGCUAUAGAACAAGCGGCAGACAGCCAGCAGCAAGAUCCAGAAGAAGGAUCGAAAAAAUCAAUCAUCAAAUUGCAUCCCGCCACUUCCGGCUCGAACCGCCCCCAUCACCAGCACCUCCCAGAAAGGCCCUCCCCGAAAGGCCCCCGAUGCUUCGACCUGUUGGCCGCGAAUGGAACCAGCGGAAACGGAAAUACUAGGAGAUCGUUUCUGCUGCUCACACCGAUGCCCAAAAAACGACGCGGUGACCAAUUGAGGGAUUGUUCCGUUUCGUUGCCACUGGACAUUCUAUGGUUACCCAAGGCAGCUAUGAGGCCCCUCGGGGCACCAGAAGGCAUCAGCGCCUCCUCCUCCUCCCACUCAGAGUGCGUCCUCAUCGUGGGCGUUUCCCGUCCUAAGCUGGCGGCUCUCUUCCUGUCGGUUAUGCUGUUAUCGCUUUUCCUGACUUUCCACAUUCUGUACGACAGUGCCGUCUACAGCAUCCAGGCUGCAACGGCCAUAUCCGAAAACAAGAUCGCCAUACUAACAAAUCACAUUCCGAACCCGCCGGCGAUUAAUCAUCCAGUGGUGUUUCCCAACAGGAUUCAUUUUCCCAAGACCAGCAGAAGGCUUCCGCAAUGUUUGAUAAUUGGAGUGAGAAAAUGUGGCACACGUGCGCUGCUGGAGAUGCUGUACCUGCACCCACGAAUCCAGAAGGCAGCCGGCGAGAUCCAUUUCUUCGACCGGGACGAAAACUAUCUCAAGGGGCUGGAGUGGUACCGGAAGAAGAUGCCGCACUCGUUCCGGGGCCAGAUUACCAUCGAGAAGAGCCCCAGCUACUUUGUGACACCCGAGGUACCGGAGCGGGUUCGAGCCAUGAAUGCCAGCAUUAAACUGCUUUUGAUUGUGAGGGAACCGGUGACGAGGGCAAUAUCGGAUUACACCCAGCUAAGAAGUCACGCGGCAACAGCCACAUUGCCCCAGCAGCAGAGUUUAUCUUCCACAUCGCCAUUAUCGAGGUCAUUCGAAGAUCUGGCGAUACUGCCAAAUGGAACCGUUAACGAAGCGUAUCGACCGUUGGCGAUAUCGCAGUAUCACGUCCACGUGCACAGGUGGCUGGAGGUCUUCCCGCGGGAGCAAUUGCUGGUCGUCAACGGUGACCAAUUGAUAGAGGAUCCGGUUACCCAGAUUCGGCGGAUUGAAGAUUUCCUAGGAAUCGAACCCCGAAUCAGCAGCAAUAACUUCUACUUCAACGAAACCAAGGGUUUCUACUGUUUGCGCAACGAGACCGGGGACAAGUGCUUGCGGGAGACCAAAGGCCGGAAGCAUCCCCGGGUCGAUCCGCUGGUGGUGUCCAAGCUGCGCAAAUUUUUCGUGGAGCACAACCAAAAAUUCUACGAGCUGGUGGGCGAGGAUCUCGGAUGGCCGGAAGAGUAAAAUCUUCGAGCGGAAGAACGGAAGUGAUCUGACGAGGAAAAAAGUGCUAACGCUCCUGUGGGCGUUUCCAUCCAUACAGUUUUGUGCCACCGGAUUUCCUUUUUUUCUCUUAAUUCUAAACGAAGCGCCCUCAACGAUUUCACUUUCCCCACAAUUUCCCUUUUAACCUCUUCCCCGUGGUGUCUUAAUUUGGCCGCUUUGUGCUGCCGAAGGUGUACCCUACAGUUUUUCCCGCGCAUUUUUAUUUGUGGUGUGUGGAGCGGAGAAAAGCAAUCAUCCUGCCCGGCAUGAAAGGAUCCCAUCAAGAGAAAAUCAUCGCACAAAUGAAGGUAAAUCUACCUUGGAAGUAUGGUGGGUGUUUUGGAAUUAUGAAACACCCAUGCCGGGACUCAUCAACCGCCCAGCAGCAGCAGAAUUCGAUGGGUUACAUACGCAUCUUUCCGAAAGAUCAGAAGAAAAAAAAAAAACUUCGAUGAAUUUGCUGAUGAAGUUGCCGAUGCUGCUGCCGCCCAAAGGCAAUGGAAUUGUUGGUGGGAAAAAGUUACAAGUUUGAGUUCAAGUAGGGUAGUGUUCAGUUCAAAGCUCAUUAGAAGACACGUCCGUCGUUUGAAGGCGUGUUAAAAGCUGUGAAGUCUCUGUGAAGCACCAGGAAAGAAGAAAAAUAGUUGCAAGUGUCAAAAUGCCCUCCGAUCGGGUGCUAACGACGGCAGUGGGUUUGGCGGUGUUGAUGUUGCUGCAUGCUGCAAAGGCGGUACCUCCUUCGGAAUCUGCGUUGUCUGGAGUACGCCAGGCUUGCGCAAACGAAGGUGAAGAUGUCAACAUCAACAUGGAGUGCUUCAAAUGCAUCUGCAAG